GCAUGCUUCAUGGCCGAUUGACCACCAGAGAUACUGGUAAUACUUCAGACCUUUCAAAACAAAGAAACAUCUACUCGUACAAGCCCCGAGUUCCUAAAUUCCACCCUUAGCUACCUCUCCUUCACAUCGUCCCUCGACUCACCCCCAACGCGAACAUGAAAGCAGCCACCCUUCUCCGCUCUGCGCGAGCAAGCACCACACGCACCAUCACCAGAUCAAGCAGAUUUACAUCCACAUCCAUCCGCUCCUCGAAACCAGCUUCAGCUACCUCUAUCUAUGCUCGAACUCUUGUUUCCUCUCCUGCAACACGCGCCUUCUGCUCCUCCCCCGUCACUUUCAAAGGCAUUCAACCCGACAGUUCAGAGCCGCAACCCCCCAAUACCGAAUCGCCUGAUCACAGCACCCAUGCUGCCCAGCUCUCAGAUGCAGAAUACCAUGAGAUUGCCGACCAAUAUCUCGACACACUUGUCCUUGCGCUCGAAGAGCUCAGUGAGAAAGCGACUGACGGCGUUGAAGUGGAGUUCUCGGCCGGCGUCCUAACAGUCACCCACCCUAAAUCGGGCACGUACGUACUCAACAAGCAGCCCCCGAACAAACAGAUCUGGCUCUCCAGCCCUGUGUCCGGCCCAAAGCGGUUUGACUGGGUCAUAUCGGGCGCGGGCCAGCACGAGAAAGAAGAUUCGACGAUCGACGCGGGCGACGACGGAUCCGGCGGACGGUGGGUAUACCUGCGCGAUGGGACUCAGCUGAGCGAGUUGUUGAAGAAAGAGUUGGGUGUCGAAGUCACCAAGGAAGGGGAGAGUGAUGUUGUCGGUGGGCGAGAGGGGCCUGGUGGGCAGGGAUCGUCGCUGGAAUAAUAGAAAGAAAAGACUUGAGAGAUCCAUUAGCACGAGUGUAUUAGGCAAUCGUACGAACAGGUACUGUACAAGAAAGCAUUUACGAAAGCCCUCGAGGUUGGGCGCAAAAAUAUGUACCCGGCCCGUCUGUCUCGCACGACGGUCAGGCUAUCCAACGGAAUUAUAGCCUCUCACAUAA